GAUGGUGGCGCCCAUUGGGCUGAAUGCGCUGGAAGAAUCUGGAAAGGUGGAGAAGCUUCGGUCGCGGUAGGGAGUGGCCGCACGGCCGGGAACGCUGACCGGGCCAAGAGGUCGUGUUGGGAGGGGGGGGGAAGAGAUUGGGAUUGAGGCUUUUUUAAAAAUGGCGGACGGUGGACCUGAGAGAAACAGGCAACAUCCCAACAAUCUGCAGGGGCUGCUAAGGCUUGCCGUGGAAGCUGGGUCAGUGGGGGAUACAGCUCCUGAAUUGCAUCCCAUGCCAGAGGAACGAAGACAGUGGCUGCAGGAUGCACUAUCGGAUGUGUUUAAUGGACACCUUGAUGAACUGAAACAGAUCAAGGAUUGUCUUCAAAUUUUGAGUGAUGCUUCUGAAGAUGACCUGAACGAGGAUGGAAGGAGGAGCAAUGCCCUCGAUACCGUGGCUGAUCUGUGUGAAAACCUAGACAAUGCAGGAGAUUUCUGUAAGCUGGGUGGCAUGCAGAUUGUGGUCCAGAACUUCCUGGAAUGCCCGGACCCGGAGCUCCGAUGGCGAGCGGCGCACCUCAUUGGCACCUGUAGCCAGAAUAACCCCUUUGUCCAGGAGCACGUGUUGAACCUGGGCACCAUGUCCAAACUUCUGGAGCUUCUGAACAGUGACAGCAAUGACAUGGUGCGAAUCAAGGCCCUCUUUGCUGUAUCCUGUUUGGUGCGUGAGCAGGCGGCUGGUUUACUGGAGUUUGUCGACCGCGAUGGUUUCUCCGUGCUGAUGAGAGCCAUGCAGAGCGGCAUUGAGAAGUUGAAGGUGAAAGCUGCAUUCCUGCUGCAGAACCUGCUCAUCAGCAACCCUGAGCACAAAGAUGUUCUCUGCUCAAUGGGGAUGGUACAGCAAUUAGUGGCACUCAUACAGACAGAACAUGAUUCCUUUCAUGAGCAUGUUCUGGGUGCACUUUGCAGCCUUGUGACAGACUUUCCUCGUGGCGUGAGGCAGUGCCAAGAACUGGAACUGGGUCUGGAGGACAUUCUGCUUGAGAGAUCACAGAUGCUGAAAGAUCAAGAAGAAUUUCGGGAAGAGUUGGAGUUCUGCGAGCAUCUCCUGCAAACUUGCUUCAGCCAGCCAGAGGAGCAUGGGAUGGAUCGGUGAUGUGCCACAGCCCGUUUCCUACUGCUGCUGCACUGUCAGAGAAAAGUGCUUUGAUUUUUCAAAUGGCUUCCCACCAUUGGAAUCUGUAAAGACUCCAAAGCCUAGAGUGUUUUGAAUGAGCCUACAUAUUACACGUAUUUAAAAAUGUGGACUGUUUAAAAAACUUUUUAUUUGAUCUUUUAAUGUCGGUUCCAGGUAGAAAUGUACAAAACUCCCAAAAGGAGCUUUUCCCGGUUACCCUUUAUAAUGAAUUCCUGUUCGGCGUUCAAUUUGUUUCCAACCACCCUAAUUUUCCUUUAGUCAACUGUAGGAUAAAUACAGUCAGCAAGUUGUGAUUGGUGUUACUUAUACUUUGUCACUUGCUGUCUAAAACCUUUAGCUGCAAAUGUUUUAUUUCAGGUAUUAAGUUGCUGACAGACUGCUAGAUAGAGACUGUCCUCAGUUAUGUUGUGUACAGUUGCUGGCCUGAUAGUACCAAGAGCCACUCUUGUGGUGCUGUAGUAGUGUCCCUACUCCUGGACCAGGAAGCCUGGGUUCAAGUCCCAGAGAUACAUGAAUAAGUUGAUUUAAAAAGUACCUUUAGUGCAGCAAUGAAAAGACACAGUUGCAAUUUGCAUCAGUUACCCCUCUCUAGCCUCUGCUUGGCAGCUUUCCUGCAGCCAGCCCAGGGACGCACGAUUUGCUUCUGACUGUCUGUCUGUCUGUCUGUCUGUCUGUGUUCUCGGGCUGCUGUGACGCACAAACCCAGACAAGUGACUUCAAUCUGGUGAAGUUGCAGAGAACGCUACCCUAGUCUCUGAUCUCGGGACACCUUUCCCCACACACUGGUCUAUAAUUUGAAGUGCUCGCUUUAGCAGUUCAAAUGAAAACAUUAGUUGAAUUUUAAGCAGCGAGGGGCAUUUUUAAACUGUCAUCUAAUGCAAGCAUUUUAAGUUACCUCCUUAGUCUGGAAACAUUAAUCAAGCACUGUGUGCAGAAUGACAGGGGUGUGAUUCAUUAGUGUGUUGAUGACCACAAGGGUUGCUGACUCUGACUAGGCUGUGAGUUAAUGCUUAACCUGCAGCUCGAAGGAUUAGCUGCAGCUCUGCUGAGAGCCUUACGUGUCUCCAGCUGUCAGGUGGCCUCUGUGCAUCUUCCAGGAUCUACACGAUGCCCAAUGUGUUACUGAUCACUCCACAGUUCAGUCAAGCAAUGUUGUAUGUUGAUUUAAAAACUGAAGCAAAGAUAUGACUGUAGUAACCCAGCUGUAUUUGAAGUCUUUAUUUUGUUUUUCUGCAAAACGUUAUGAUUCAGUUUCUGUGAAAAAAAUAUACUUUUUGAAUACA